UUCUCACUAGCCUCGGCGUCUGGAUUCUGUAUUUCUGAUGUAACUAAUUUUCCCUAAUAACACCUAGAUGAUAGGUAUGCAAUUUGUGUUGGAUGUCGGUACCUUGGGUACAUAACCGUGGGGCAGUGAGUAGGAGUGUGGUGGUGGUUUUAUCUCUGAAUACGGCCUUGGAGAGACCCACCCUGGAAAGCUGAGUUCAGUUCUGGGUGCGUAUUUUAAAAAGGACAUUGAAAAAUUGGAGCGAGUGCAGAAAAGAGCCAGAGAAAUGAUUUGAGGACUGGAGAAAAUACCUAGCAGUGAGAGCCCUCGGCAGCGCAAUCUGUUCACCGUCUCUAAAGGCGGAUCAAGUGAUUACUUGAUCAUGGGGUGUGUGUCUCAUUGUGGGGUGCAAUUCAGACCAGUGAGAGGCUGUCACUGCCUGUAAUAUAACCCUGGGGGCCCCAGAAAGCUUCUGCUCCUUGUGGCUGCAUGCGUAGGACACACACACACAGCCUGCAGCCAGCACGCUCUGUUCUGUAAGCCGUGCAGCUCACAUUCAACCACUUUGACUCAACAGCCUGCCAGCAGUUAUCACAGACACGUGCUUGUCUUACCAGCCUUGGUUGAUGUUAGCAGGUGACCCCCAACAAACACCCCAGUCACAAACAAGGCAUUUUAAGUUGUUCGUUCUCCUUUAUUGGAGUAGGUAGCAGAGCAGUACCAUGAGAGGAGUAGAACAGGAAGAAGGCAGAAUUGAGACCUUUCAAAAAUUUGGCCCACGCAAGAGGAAUGGGGGCAUCAUUUGAGCUCCCCGCCUCAGGUGCCAAAAUGUUGUGGGCCGGCCCUUCAGGAGCUCAAGAGCCGGGCAGGACAGUCCCAUGGGCCGGAUGUGGCCCAUGGGCUGCAGUUUUCCCACCUCUGGGCUAACUCAUGUGAAAGCUACAAACUGCCUUGUCAUCGCUACCGUGUGCCACUAACAUGAAUUAGGGACACACUUUUUUUGUAACUAGCAAAGUCACAAUCUGGUUCCUUUAUUUGGCUCUAUGCUGCUGAUUAGGCACCGCCCCAUUGACAUCAGUUCUCCAUCUCCCAAGGAAACCAAAAGUGAAAUCACAGGGCAGAGAGGAGACGAGAGACUAGAAGAAACUUACUUGGCCGUCGGGACGCUGUGGAGAUGCCCCCGCUGUUUGAGGAACCAAACCCUGGGGACCUGAUAGAGAUUUCUCGCUUUGGAUACCAGCACUGGGCCCUCUAUGUAGGAAAUGGUUACGUCAUCCACCUGGCCCCCCCCAGUGAGUAUGCCGGAGCUGGCUCCUCCAGCAUCAUGUCCGUGCUGACCGACCGAGCCGUGGUGAAGAAGGACCGUCUCCGGGACGUUGCUGGUGGUGACCGGUACCGAGUCAACAACAAGUAUGACUGGAGGUGCUCGCCGCUGCCUGUCAGCAAGAUCCUCAUGGAGGCCGAGUUUCUGGUGGGCCAAGAGAUGCUGUACAGCGUCACCAGUGAGAACUGUGAGCACUUCGUCACCAAGCUGCGCUACGGCCAGCCCAUGUGCGACCAGGUACGUGCAGGUGCCCCUCGCGCUUGUCACUGCCUUCCUGAAGGGUGGGCUUGGUGUAAGCCAGCCACACCUACUUGGUCAGGGUUCAUGCAGUGCUUGGCACAAUGGGUCCUGAUCUCACUCAGGGUCUGGGCAGUGCCCAGCACAACAGGGCCUUGAUCUCAGUGUAUAGCUGCUGCUGUAAGCCAUAUAAUGAGGAUGUGCUCCAUGUGCUGUGCAGCAACUGUUAGAGGCCUGGCUUAGUCCCCCUCAUGGACGAUUGGUCACCAGGCUGGUGCAUGGGCCCAGCCUUUGGAUCCCACGUGUUUUCAAGCAGCGGCUAGUCACUGACUAGUCCUGGCCUUGCCGGCACAUGCGCAAGGCACCCCUCCUUGAGGUCGUAGGACUCCUGUGCCCAGCUGCCAGGGGCCCUAAGACUAGUGCUAACCCCCCAAAUCUCCCCAGUAGCUUCUCUACACACCCCAGUAGCACCACCCAGGUUUAUAAUUUAACCCUUUGGGGACUGUGUUGCAGAUAAAGCAAGGAACCCAGGCUUUGCAAAGGAACUUAACCACACACACACACUCUCUCUCUCUCCUUUUGGGAAGGACAAGAGUGCUACAGAUCUGUGGAAAACACCCCCAGCACCUGAACUCAAUCCCC